CUUCAGACUCUUAUUCCGCUGCAACUGUGUUCGAAUUCUCUUCACUACUUGCUUGUCCUCGCUAAUUGACAAGAAAACCAAUCUCGGAUCUGGAGAAGGGAUUUGUCAGGCGCCCCUCUCCGGCGGAAACCAAAACCUCUCAGGUGGAGCAGGAAGCGCAAUCGCAUAAAUAAUUAUUGAUGGCGUUUGCGGCGCCCGCUUUUGGCUCGACUUUUUUCUCUCGAAUUGCCCGUCAAUUCUCGACCAGCUCACCUUUCCUGGCCUUAACCACCCCGUCCACCUCGCGCACCAUGUCGACCAACACGCAGACCGCCACGGUAGCCGCCGGAUGUUUCUGGGGUGUGGAGCACCUCUUCCGCAAACACUUCGGCAAUGGAAAAGGUGUUUUGGACGCCAAGGUCGGCUACUCCGGCGGACACAGCGCGAACCCUUCUUAUCGUGCUGUGUGCACGGGGGAGACUGGUCACGCCGAGGCAUUGCAGAUGACGUUCGAUCCCUCGAUUGUCAGCUACCGCGCCCUUCUAGAAUUCUUCUACCGCAUGCACGACCCCACCACUCUAAACCGUCAGGGCGGCGACAUUGGCACGCAGUACCGCAGCGUGAUCUUCACGCAUGGCGAGGAACAGGAUCAGAUUGCCCGUGAGGUCACGGAGAAGGUCUCUCAGGAAUGGUACAAGCAGCCGGUCUCGACCGCAAUCGUGGGCGCGGGCCAGUGGUGGGAUGCGGAGGACUACCACCAGCUGUACUUGACCAAGAACCCCGAUGGUUAUGAGUGCCCUGCUCACUUCGUGAGGUCGUUCCCUCCGCUUUCUGCUUGACUCGCGUGUAAGAUUUGAGAUAUGAGAUAUGUUGCCAUGCCCAGCAGUAUGAGAUAAAUACUGUCAGUUCAGCUGCGCUCAAUUGAGAAGGAACCUGUGGUUCAUUUGUCUUUCUUUGGGAAGGAGGGACCCGUGCCUAGCUGCUACCUGUAGGCUUUCGUUAUGCUGCUAAUGUCCCCGUCGAGACGGACUGCGUGAUCAACUAUUCAGCUUGCGAUUAAUAGUAGAGUACUG